AUGGCUUCCCUCUCCACAGCACGGCAAAAAGUCAUCUUUAUUCUCGGUUCGACUGCAACGGGCAAGUCCAAGCUAGCCAUAAACCUCGCCCUUCUGUUCAAUGGCGAAGUCAUCAACUCUGACAAAAUGCAGGUCUACGAUGGUCUGCACGUUAUAACCAAUAAAGUCACUCCCGAUGAAUGCGCCGGCGUCCCCCACCACCUCCUCGGCUUCGUCCACCCGAACGACGACUUUACAGCCGAAGACUUCCGCAUGGCGGCGAUGCGAGUGGUCGGGGACAUCGUUGGCCGCGGCCGCCUGCCGAUCAUCGCCGGCGGGUCGAACACAUAUGUCAAGGCGCUCGUCGAUGGAAAUGGUGGAGAAUUCGCCGCCUUCUACGACUGCUGCUUCAUAUGGUUGGAUGUCGAGCCGGCGGUGCUCGACGAGUUCGUUGCCGAGCGGGUGGAUAAGAUGGUGGAGAAAGGGUUGGUGGAGGAGGCGCGAGGGGUGUUCGACGCCAUGAAUGUGGAUUACUCGAAGGGAAUUCGGAGGUCGAUAGGGGUGGCGGAGAUGGACGGGUAUUUGAGGAGGGAGAAGGAGGUGGAGAGGGAGGAGAGGCUGAGGUUGAAAGCGGAGGCCUUUGAGGAGAUCAAGGAGAAUACGUGGAAGUUAGCGAGAGAGCAGAGACAGAAGAUAUUGAGGUUUGUGAGGGAGGAAGGGUGGAGAGUGAGGAGAGUGGAUGCGACAAUGGCGAUAGUGUUGAGAGGGGAAAAGGAGGUAUGGGAGGAGGUGGUGUGGAAGCCGAGUGUGGUGAUUGUGAGGGAGUUUUUGGAGGAAGGGAGGGAGAGUUCUGUGGUGGAGAUGGGUGUGGGUGUUCGUCGGUGUGACGUCGCCGGCGGAAAAGAUUUUGGUGGUGGGAUAUUUGCGGGCUGUGACGAGUGGGAGAGAGGAGAGAGAGCAGGGAAGAUGUUGAAUUUUGUUUAA